UCAGCAGUGGGUGACAUUGUUCUCGUCCCUCGACGUGUGGGAGGGUAAACUUUGAUUUGACGCAUUAACGUAUGGGCUGUCAGAGUCGGGGGGGGGAGGUAAACAAGAUGGCGUCAACCUGAGAAGCAAGAGUAAACCGAAGAGUCAGACAUUUUGCUGAUUAAACUAAUAGACCCAAGUGGAACAUUUAGCUAUACCCAGGACGGAAUACAACCUGAGAGAAAACGAGAUUCAUCUGGAUACAGGCACCAGGCAGUAGAAACCGUGGUGGCAUGGAGGACACCUGAGGACUGUUGGAAACAUUGGAUGGCUCAGUCGACCUCCGGGAGUCGGGCUCAUACUGCUGCAUUCGUUUGGCUGUAGAUCUGUGCUUGGAUCCAGUCCAGCUGUACACACCUAUGUAUCCUGAGGAAACCUGUGCUUUAAAGCAUGGACCUUUGACAGAAAUGCUGUACUGCACGGCCUCGAAGCGGGACUGGUGGCCUCUACCUUAGUCUGCAUGGUGUUACAUUCAUACUUAAGCAGAGAAUAAUAACAUUUUAGAAUCACAUUUUUUCUAAUUUCUGUUCAGCUGCACUUAUGCACAGUAUAGAGCACUAACUUGGCACUGGACCCAACACGUUCUUCACCUCUGUUCACACCUCCUGAGAGAAAAGAGCCCUAAUGUUUACAAAUUGGGAUUGAUCUCCCACCAUCCCCUCAACUCUCAGGCCUAAUUAUUCUCUCUCCCAUGUUCAGUAUUUUGUAAAUCAUCUGUAGUCCACCUUGUGGAAUUAAAACACUCGGCUCAGUGCUUAAAGGUUACCAGUGGAUUACUCUCCAGCAGCAAUCAUAGCUAUUAGCGAACAAUUUGCACAGGAGGCUUAAGUUGUGGCCGCCGAACUAUUAGUCAUGAGUACCGGCGAGCUGCAACACCUUGACUAUCUAAAUGAAAAUGAACUGAUGGAGAUGGAUACUUUCAUUCAUCGCAUUGACUCUACAGAGGUGAUCUACCAGCCAAGGAGGAAGAGGGCAAAGCUGAUAGGAAAGUACUUGAUGGGGGAUCUGCUAGGGGAGGGAUCUUAUGGCAAAGUGAAAGAGAUGCUGGACUCAGAGACACUUUGUCGCAGGGCUGUCAAAAUACUGAAGAAGAAGAAGCUGAGGAGGAUUCCCAAUGGAGAAGCCAAUGUGAAAAAGGAGAUUCAGCUGCUAAGAAGACUCCAACACAAGAAUGUGAUUCAGUUGGUGGACGUGCUCUACAAUGAAGAGAAGCAGAAAAUGUAUAUGGUGAUGGAGUAUUGCGUUUGUGGGAUGCAAGAAAUGCUGGACAGCGUCCCAGAAAAACGGUUUCCAGUAUUUCAAGCUCACGGGUACUUUUGCCAACUCUUAGAUGGCCUUGAAUAUUUGCACAGCCAGGGAAUAGUUCACAAAGACAUUAAACCAGGAAAUCUGCUGCUGACCACAGACGGAGCGCUUAAAAUCUCCGACCUGGGAGUAGCAGAGGCCCUUCACCCAUUUGCAGAGGAUGACACAUGUCGCACCAGUCAGGGCUCACCGGCCUUCCAGCCUCCAGAGAUUGCAAAUGGACUGGACACCUUUUCAGGGUUUAAAGUGGACAUUUGGUCUGCUGGAGUAACACUAUACAACAUCACAACAAGUCUGUAUCCGUUUGAGGGGGACAACAUCUAUAAGCUAUUUGAGAACAUUGGAAAAGGAGACUACACUAUUCCCGAGGACUGUGGACCCCUCCUGUCGGACCUGCUGCGAGGAAUGCUUGAGUAUGACCCCGAGAAGAGGUUUUCCAUACAGAACAUAAGGCAACACAACUGGGUGCGUAAGAAACACCCUCCGUCUGAGCCCCCUGUGCCCAUCCCUGCCAACGCAGAGAGCAGGGAUCCUUGGCGGAGUAUGACGGUGGUGCCCUACCUGGAGGAUCUCCACGGCUACACAGAGGAGGACGAUGACGAGCUCUAUGAUGGAGAGGAUGAGAUCAUAUACACUCAGGACUUCACAGUGCCAGGACAAGUGGCCGAAGAAGAUCAGGAUCAGGGGCACGAGGACCACAGUCCAGCUCUAGCCAAGCCAGUUUGUGUGAAUGGGACAGAGGGGGGGUCUCUGAACAGCAAGGCCAAAGCGGAACGCCGAUCCUCCUCCUCAUCCAACCCCUCACGUAAAGGAGUCUCCACAGCCAGCAAGAUCCGCAAGCUCUCCACCUGCAAACAGCAAUGACCCCCCUCCUCCCUCGGCAACAACCCGCCUGGUCGGUCUGUCCCCGUCCUUCUGUGUCCGGAGUCCUCACAGUUGUGAGAGAAACCUGCUGACGUUAAUGCCCCCAUACCUCCUUGGACCACUGGCCUGCAGAGUCUUUUGAAGAUGCGGUAUGAGUGACGGGGAGGAGGAGGACAGCAUGAAAUGUUCUUUUUGCUCUGAGACUGAGGCACUGGCUGUGAAGAUGUUUUUUUUGUUUUUUUUUCUCUCCUCCCAUAUUUUGGCUCCUAUCAACUCUUGUCAUCCACUUCUGUAAUCUAGUCAUGUCCCCCUCUCCAUCCUGUCAUCCUCCUAGGAGGGUCAAGUGUUACACCGGACUUUACAAACACCAUCACCCCUGUACCCCACCCAUCCCAACACUCUACCCCACCUUCUGUUUCUAUUACUACCUUUGUUUUUACAGAACCCUAAUGGCAGUUUCUAAGACACAUUGUGAUGUGUAAAAAAAUUAAAGACAAAAAAAGAUAACAAAAGUUAUGAAUAAUUCUAUAUUUAAAUCUGUAAUGCGAAUAAUUAUAAUAGUACUCUACUACCACAAACAUAAAAAACUGCAUGCUGUACAGAGCUGGAAGAAAGGGAAAGUGCUUGGUUUGUGGACGGACUGAAGCUUCGGAUCCACCGCUGACCUGUUGGGGUUUUUUUGAUUUACAUUUAGGUUCUUUUCUUUUUCUUUUUCCAAUGAAUAUUUUUUAAUUAUUAUUUAUAAAAAAUAUGUCCCAAACAGGCUAUUUUGUUGGAUGAUCCUUUGUCCUGUUUUAAUUUUCCUACCUGUCCUUUACAAGGCUAUUAUUUGAUAGGAAUACUACUAUUGUCAUACUCCUGGUGUCUGCAGCUAGUUUGCAGUCAGAUCCUAGAAAUCAAGACGUGGCCGCGCGGCUGCAGGCGGUGUGCCGUCACAAUCACGCAGUCGCCUGUUUUUCUGCGAUGCUGCUCUUUGUUGCGCCGAUCACAUCAGCGGGAGCCCUGCCCCCCUCGCACGCAGCCAGGCCUAUCGUCAGCCCCUCGCUGGGAAUAGAUCAGAGAGCAGGUGAGUCACUACUCUGAGGGAGGGAGGGAGCAGCGCUACCCACGUCAGCAAGGUCGACAGAGAGAUUCUCUGUUAAACGAGACACACGAGGAAGGAUGAAGAGAUGUCUCGCGUUUACAGGCUGAAUAAUAUUUCAGGGGUGUGAUUAGUGUGUGAGGACGCCUUCCGUUUCACACAGUACAUCAUCUUAAAUGAAUUAUGUUACAGCAGCAUAAAAUCACGGGUUGUGGAGUCUCUUUUUUUUUUUUUUUUCUUCAUGUUUUUAUUCACAAAAAUGUUCGGUCCAAAAUGAAUGUGCCUCAGUUGGUCCCUCAAGGUCUAGCUUUUGUCAAGGCUGCGAGACAUUUAAAUGUUCUGCACUACUUAUUUACAAUAAAACGGAUGGUCCACCAUGAAGGAGGACAAAGACAUGAGUUUCAUAACACACAUACAUGUACUCUAGCUCCAACCGGAAUCUGUGCGAAAGGAAAACGGACAAGCUGUAACUGCCAUCGCAGUUUUCCAGGUGACGUCACACAUUAAAACAUGCAGCAAUGUUCUCAUGUUGAAGAAAUACAAUUUGAUAUGAAUGCAUAACAAAUAAUUUUAUGUCCAUACUAGCACAGAGAGUGGAAAGAAAGCUGUUCAGCCUGUGAUUUUUACUUGUAAACACAGGAUAUCUGCAAAGUAUUACUUUAAGGAUUGGGCUGCCAAUAUUUUAUCUUCUUCUCUAUGCCAACAAAUAAACAAAACCAACAAGGUGUUAGUUUGUCUCUAAAUAGACAACACUUUUAUAUUUAUUCCUUCUUGUUUUUAUGAUAAAUAAUCUACCAAAACCGCUU